CUGAAUCCAACAUGGAGUAAGGAGGAGAUGGGGCUCGUCCGGGGCCAUCCUCACCGAUACCAGCGCACCAUUUUCGGUCACCGCAUUCCAGCCCGGGCCGGCGGGGGAGGAGGUAGAGGAGGCGGCGGAGGAGGAGGAAGAAGAGGAAGAAAAGGCGUAGGAGGAGGAGGAGGAGGAGGUGGAGGUGGAGGAGGUCGGAUGCGCCUCUUCUGAUGCGCUCCAGUAAUUGAGGAGUGAAAGGAGAAAAAGAAGAGGAGGUGGUGUUUGGAGGAGGAGAGAGGGAGAUCCCAGAAUACAUAACGCACACUGGGAUCCAAGAACCGAGCGGGGAGCGGAUCCGCCGCCGCUGCUGCUGCUGCUGCCGCUGAAGGGCGAGGAAACAUGAAGACACCGCACUGUGCAGCCGCGGCUGGAGAUUAUUAUUACCGGAGGUGAAACGGGGAAAAAUGAGCGAGGACACGCGACCAGACGAUGACAGCUACAUUGUGCGUGUCAAAGCGGUGGUGAUGACCAGAGAUGAUUGCGGCUGGUUGCCGCAAGAUGGCUGCCUGAGCAGAGUGGGCGUGUGCAGGCUGCUGCCAUCCGAACUGCUGGGACGCAACACCUUCCUUAUCCACGGAGAACGGCUUGAAGACAAACAGGUGAUUCUGGAGUGUUUCUUAAAGAAGGAUCUAGUCUAUACGAAGGCCACACCGACGUUCCACCACUGGAAGGUGGACAACAGAAAGUGUGGUCUGACCUUCCAGAGCCCAGCCGACGCUAGAGCCUUCGACCGCGGGGUGAGGAAGGCCCUGGAGGAUCUGACAGAAGGCUCGACCACGUCCUCAUCAACACUGCAGAAUGAGGCGGAGCUCGGCGAUGAUGACGUCUUCACGACGGCCACCGACAGCUCAUCCAACUCGUCCCAGAAGAGAGAGCCAGCGAUGCACACACUGGCGCCACCCAAUUUUUGUGAGCCCCGUCGACACCAGUGCAUCCUGGGACAUUUCUAUGAGCAGCACCGGCCCUCUGAGCACUACUUCCUCGAUCAAGCGGUGCACAUGUUCCCUCGUCACCCCAGCUUCCAGGUGGAGGAGGAAGAGAUCGUACGCAUCAACCCCCGCGAACGAACAUGGUUCACCGGCUAUGAGGAUUACCGCCAUGCCAGCUCCACACGUGACAAAGUCACUCAGCCUGACAACCUUGACGCGUAUGUACAUUUUGCAAAGAGUGAGCCACCAAAACACGACUAUACCUACCCGUACCCGCUGAGCUGUGACGGGCAGCGGGGCUGUGACAGCAAACCCGGUUGCCUGGAGCUGAACAGCGGCCACAGAGCCGUAGUGACGGUGCAGCCUCAAGCCCUGCAGCCCAAAGGCAAGAGGCGGAAGGAGGACGGCGAGCGCUCGCGCUGCGUUUACUGUCAGGACAUGUUCAAUCAUGAUGACAACGGACGGGGACGCUGCCAGGAAGCACCUGACCCCAUUCAGACCUGCAUCAGGCGGGUCAGCUUCAUGUGGUGCGCGGACAGCUUGCUAUAUCACUGCAUGUCGGACCCGGAGGGAGAUUACUCGGACCCGUGCUCCUGUGACACCAGCGACGAGCGCUUCUGCCUACGCUGGGCAGCGCUGGUGGGUCUUUCCCUGCUGGCGCCCUGCAUGUGCUGCUACGCUCCCCUCAGGGCGUGCUACCGCUGUGGCGUAGCCUGCCACUGCUGCGGCGGGAAACACAAAGCUGUGGGCUGAGGCGUUGCAGGUCCCAUCCUCCUCACAGAGAGAGCAAGGACUCAUGGGAGGAGGCGGGGAAAAGGAGGCCGCUGUGAUUUUUAUGUUGUUGUUUUGUUGUUUGUCCCGUCUCCGAUUUCAAGA